GGCACCAUGCUCGGGUGCUGGUGGCUCGCAGGGCUGCUCCUAGCCUGCGCGGCCGCGGAGCCGCACUGCCGCCAGCAGCUGCGCCACCUGCAGGACAGCGCCGGGAUCGCCGCGCGGCUGCCGCCCCGCCUGGAGGGGCGCUGGGUGUCCACCGGGUGCGAGGUGCGGCCGGGACCCGAGUUCCUGACCCGCUCCUACCUCUUCUACACCAACCGGCUCUUCAAGGCUCUGCAGUUCUACUACUGGGACCCGUCCUGCCGCGACCCCUCCUACUCGCUGGUCAUCAAGGGCAAGCUCCGGCUGCGCCAGGCCUCCUGGAUCACCCGCGGGGCCACCGAGGCCGACUACCACCUGCACAAAGUGGGCAUCGUGUUCCACAGCCAGAGGGCCAUGCGGGAGGUGGCCUCCCGGAUCAACCAGACCUCUGGCCAGGGCUGUGAGGGGUUCCUGCCCCCGGGGCGCUCCUGGGCGCCCGGAGCCCUGUACGAGGUGCUGAGCGCCAGGACGGAGCGCGACUGCAGCGCGGCGCUGGGCUUCGCCAUGCACGAGCUGAGCCUGCUGCGGGUGGAGAGGCACUUCCAGCCCCUGCCGCAGCCGCAGCGCAGCGGGAGCCGCCUGGUGGAGGAGCUGUACCUGGGGGACAUCCACACGGACUGGGGCGAGAGGCUGCGCUACCGCCCCACCGGCUACCAGCGCCCCAUGCAGAGCGCCCUGCACCACGUGCACCCUUGCCCGGCGUGCGGGAUUAUCUCCAGGGCCGACGAGCAUCACCCGCCGGUGCUGCCCGCCCGGGCCGCGCUGCCCAUGCAGCUCGGCGGCAGCUGGGUCAGCACCCACUGCGAGGUGCGCCCGGCCGUGCUCUUCCUCACCCGCUUCUUCACAUUCCACGGCAACAACCACACCUGGGAAGGGCAUUACUAUCACUACUCCGACCCGCUCUGCAGGCAGCCCACGUUCACCAUCUACGCCUCCGGGCACUACACGCAGGGCAUCCCCUCCUCCAAGGUGCGGGGCGGCACCGAGCUGGCGUUCAAGGUCACCCAGGCUCGGGUGACGCCCAUGGACCAGGUGACGGUGCUGAUGCUCAACUCCUCGGAGCCGGGCAGCUGCGGGCUGGCGGGCUCCUGGAGCGCCGGGCUGGAGCAGGAUAUCACACCCACGAACGGAUGUUUGGCUCUGGGCAUCAAGCUGCCCCACACCGAGUACGAGCUGUUCAAAACGGAGCAGGACUCGCAGGAGCGCAGCCUCCUCUACAUCGGGGAGCGACCCACGGACGGCUCCAGCCCCGACAGCCCCGACAAGAGACCCACCUCCUACCAGGCCCCUCUGAUCCAGUGUGCUGCUGCCUCGGAGGAGUUCUCCAACUACAUUAGUCUGAAAUACGUGGGAAGAAAGGAUGCUAAUGGGAUUGAAGCACUAAAACCUUUGCCUGUGGCCUUUUUAUUGUUAAUAGCACUUCUGUUUUUAAGAUGGGACUAGUUAUCUCUUCAGGUACCGUGCAGAAUUCAGAUAAAUCUUGGUGCUAGCGUGAUUUUUAUAUCCUUCAAAUGAGCACAUCUGGAAUCAGUUUUACUCAGAUUUGGAAACACUUUUUAAAAACACCCAAUAGUGAAUGAAGCCAAGGAGAUAUGCCUGACUCCACACUGUUUGUCCUGUGGCUUUAUUGCCUAAUCUCCCCUCUUUGCGUGCAAAUUUAAUGUAGUGACAUGGAUGCACUGCACAUUGCGACAGAUAAUUUAGCAACAUGAGGGGGAAAAAGAGUGACAUCAAUUAAAAUUGCUGCUUUGAGCUUUUGACAUUGCUAAAAUUUAAUCAAGAGCUUGAUUCAGAUGUAAUUCAAACAUCCAGAGUGUUGGCUGCUGAGUUUCUUUGAGGUUAAGUUCCCUCCCAUCACACUCCUUUUUGCUGUUCAUGCAAAUUUAAUCUGCAGAGUCAGUCAGCAAUAAACAGUCAGCAAGUGUUCUUGAGAAGGGCACGGUUCACAUGCCUCUUGCAGAUAUUUUCUGUACUUUGCCUGUGUAUGUCCCACACAGGGACCCACAAACAGUCUUUGUACUUGGAGAUGCCCAGAACAGCCCUCACAGAGGGCUCGACUUUUUCACCUGACCCUGGCCAUAGAUUACAGUAGAUGGAAAACACUUCUGUGCACACCAGCUGCAAGGCUCAGCAUUCCCUGGCUGCAGCCCUGCAUGCCUGCUGUGCUGCCCCAGCUCUCCAGUGCAGAGCUGGCCUGGCUGUGAGACACCAGCAGUGUCCCCACGUCACUGCUGCCAUGCCUGGCACCGUCACCAUGCGCUGUGGGAAGGGAAAGAUCCCUCACCAGCCUUCCCGGGCCAUGCAUUUCCACUGCCUCCUUUUCAGCUCCUGGCACAGCAGUUGUUAAUCCAGCUCUCCUCCCAAAUUGUCACUUCCAGCCUCAUUCCUGUACAGAUGUUUUAUAAAUCUGCCUCUGGUAAACAAUGAGCUGAAGAGAUGCUCAGAUCAGACAGCACAGUCAGGUCAAACUGAUUCCUACUGACAAGCAGGACAAACAAUAAAAUUAUAUUCCCUGUCUGCUGCAGCUAAGCAUCAUAUAACUUCCUCGAGAAGCCCCUCUCCAGCAGCUAAAUCCUCUCCAAAUAAGCCUAUAUAUCUUACCCACAAAGGAUAUUUUGUUAAAGCAGCUAUGCAAUAGCCACCUUCGUAAUGCUGUAUUUAUGAACUUGCAGCUUGUACUUAGAUAAAUUAUGGGGUUUAUAACACAAAAAUACUUUGGGGGGAUCUGUACAUUAAUAAUUCAAAUGAGAUGCUUAUUAAAUGCAUUACAGUUGUGACAUAAAUGUUGUCAGCAUGUUCACAUGUUCCAGGCAUGACCCAAUAUUAGUCAGAAACAGUUCUACCCCAAGGUGAUACACAAAAGGGCCAGGCUUGGCUGCCUUGCCUUGGGUUCCCUCCCUAAUCCCUGGAGACUUCAGGAGGCAAAUCUUAUUUCCAGCCUUGUUGGUUGUGCUCUGUUCCUGCUGCUGCACUGAGAUCCAUGGGCAGCUGGAAGUGAUCUCAGAGGAGGUGGUGUCUCCUUGGGGAUGUUCCCCUUAGGAUGCUGUGAACUGGAGCAAGUCCUGGGCAGCUCAGCUGCACCUCCUGUAAGCCAUGCACUGACAGAAGUGUUCCUUCAGGAGUUUCCCAUCACUGUGCUCAGCACAGCCCAGGGAAAGGCUCCUGUGCUCCCAUCAGCACAGGCACCUGCUCUGCAGGACACAGAUGCCCAUGGCAGGAAUAGGAACAGCCUUGUGCUGCCUUUGGAGCGUGGCUGGAAGAGGGACAAGAGAAAUUCCUGCCCUACAUUUACCCCCAUGAAUCAGAUUUGUGUGCAGAUACUUUUUUCAUUUACACGGCAGAGAAAUGGAUUAAAGUUAACAAGUGUCCAGGACCUGCAUGGUAAAAGCUCUUACAAGCCACAGAUCCUUUCCAGGUGGGGAUGGGAUCAACAUGAUGUGAAACCCCAUCACACACUUAUGCAAUGUUAGCAACAAGCCCUUGGGCAGGCUCUGUCCUGCAGCAGCUCAGGCACCACUGGCUCCAGCAGCAGCAGUGUCUCACUGCUCUGCUGGCUGAACUUCCCUGUGAAACCUCAUCAGGAGCCUCCUUGUCCUCUUCCCCCCUCUCAGUACACCUCUGAGAGGAAAAAAACCCACAGAAGAACUAUUUGCAUAAAUAUCAUAACUUUUAUUGUUCUGUUCACAGUUUUUGAAGACACAUUCCUAAAUUACACAGUUAUUCUCUCUUAAGAAUUUGUGCCUUUUUCCAAUUUGAAUUUGCCUGGCUUUGACUGCCAGUUGGUGAUUCUUGUGUUGCUUUUUAAGAUCAGAGAGCUGCAGUGUGCAGUAUUUUCUGCCUGUGAAGGUACUAGUGCACUAUAAUCAAGACAGUCACAAUUCUGGUAGAAAAACUCAGAUAACUGAGUUUUUUUCUCACCCUCUCUAAGGCAUUUCACACUCCACCAGUAAUUUCUGAAUCCUUUUUUUUGCAUCCAUUCCAAUUACUCGGCUUCUCUUGUAGAAUGCAAAUAUCCAAAUUGCAUCCAAAAUUCCCAACUCUCCCAGCUGAGACAUACAGAAGGAUAAUCACUUACAGCUAACAGUAAUUAAAAACAAGAACACAUCCGUAUUCAUUAGGCUUUUACCCUGGGACAGCACUGGGAAUGUACAUGGAGCUGUUAUUCAUUCUGGUCCUGGCUAUGGAUAUUUUUGUUAUGUUUUAUCAGCACUGAUUUUGUAUGUGUUCCUCAGUGACCUGGAACCACUGAAUCUGCCAGGUCCCUGCAGAACCCUUCUCUGGGCAUCCCCAUUUCGUUGUGGUUCUCUCUGAACUGCAGCAGUGAGUGAUUGUCAGGGAACACAGAGCUUUGCAGGGCCCUGCCAGACCCAGCUCACUCUGAGCCCAAAGAGAACUGAAACCCAAAGGACAGAAUGAAAGGACUUACACCAAGCUCUGUCAGGAACACCCAUCUCCUUUUGCAUCCCUUUCCAGGGUGUUUCACUGUCCUGACCCACUGACCACCCCCAGCAGCAGCUCAGACACUGCCCCAGGUUCCUCUCUUGCAAACACUGGUCAAGGUUUCUGGGCCUACUGAAUUAAAAACUGUUGAUUUUUAAUCCUGAGCGUUGCUAAGGAAUGACAUCACCUUUCCAAUUCUCUUACAUCAUCCCUAAGUUUUAUCUCCUGCAUCUAUUUCUUAACAGUUCUGCUAUUGCAGAUUUCCCCUGAAUUUCAGCUCAUCACCCUCUCCGAGCACUCCAACCCCUAUUUUUCUUUUCCUUUGGCUUGUGCUUUCCUUAUUUUUUACAUUUCCUAACUCCCAUUUUGAAUGAAUUGCUGUCUGCUCCCCUUUUUCUUAUUUGUUUUAUAUUACUUUCCAGCUAAUUUUCCCCUCAUUUCAUCACUGAAGUAGGAUGGGCAGUUAGCCAAAGUUGUCCCCCUUCUCAAUUGCAAAAUUAUUCGGUUUUUGGCCAUUUAAUAUCUUUCGCUUAGAAAACUGUCAAUUCUACUUCAGUUUUUCAUCUAAUUUCCUCCCCACUCCCAGAUCUGAUAUGAAAUUUGCUCAGCUAUGCCCUUUUGAAGCACCAAUUACAUUUAUUAGCAGCUCACACGGCUGUUUGCUGAGCUCCACUGCAAUCAGGAUCCCAACCUCAGGUCUGACAUUCAUUUAUCUUUAGCUGGCAUAAACAAGACAAACCCAAAUAAUUUCAUCUUUCAUGUCUAACACUGCUUCAGAAAAACAGGUCUAGGACAUAGACCAGGAGCUUUAAUCCUGACUAGUGGGUUGCUUUCUACUACAAAACAAAUAAAUACCUUUUUACUGUAAGAAAGCCCAAGCCAAUGUGUGCUGGAAGUUGAUGGUAACAGGCACAUGUGUCUUAGUAAACUCUUCUACAUUCACUUCUCUUACAAUACUUUUAAAAAAGAUUAAUGAUUUUUUAACUAUUCCAAAAAGCAAAAAUAAAAUAAUUUCCCAAGUCUCAAACAAUUUUCUGGCUUCCUGCACUGAGUCUGAGCCUUCAGUACCUUCUUUAAUAUCACAAGCUCCUCAGACAAGCUGCCUUUCCAAUUUUCUGCUUCUUUAGCAGGUGCAGAAGUUUAAAGCAUGAGCCAAGUCUGCCAAACAGUCCUGGGUCUGACACACAGCUCAAUUAACAGUAACUUAUUUUUCCAAUUAACCACCUUCAUGCCUUCUUGUUUAAAAUACCUUAGAAUGCAUUUAUGCAUUCUAGAUUUCCCAGAUAAAAUGCAACAAAAAAAAUCUGGAGCACUUUUGGAUACAUUAACAACACUGUGCUACUGCUUUAUUUGAGAAAUAAUCCACAUGGAAUAAAUAUAAAAGCCUGUCCCACACUAUAAAUAAACCCACUGCACUGGAACAGCAGAAGGAAGCUGGAGACAGAAAGGAGAUGGGUGACAAGACUUGUCACUCCAAACUCCACAAAGAGUGAAGAGGAAGAAAAAACAAAAGAGGAAGCAGGAGGUGAGUGGCUGUGUGGGAUGGGGAAAGGCUUCAGGACAGUCAGAUCUCCAUGAGAGAUCCAAGGGAGAGCCCUGCCAGGCAGCCCCAGGGCUGGGACAGGCAGGCAGGGAAGAGCAAGCCUGGAAGGGUGAUGGGAAGAAAGAAACCCAGAUGGAAAACAGGCAGCAGGGAAGAAAAGCCAUUUAAAGAUGCUCAGCUGAAGGUGAGUUUCUCUGCCGAGGAGCAGGGAAGGAAGAGGGAUGACUUGGCCUGGACCGAAGCGCCUGGGAGGGGAUGGAGCGAUGGACAGCUCGGGCAGAACAGAGCAGGAGGGAGAUCGGGCAGCAGAGCCUCCAGCCCCCACAGAAAUGCUCCUUUGGGCUCAGCACUGAGGCAGAGAUCCCUGGCUCCAAUCACACUUGUGUGUGGCCUCCCAGUGAAAUGUGGAAACAGAAAUUGCUGCUUCAGCUCCCAGUUCCUCCCCACCACGUUAGGAGCUCAGGUCAAGAGCGGGGAUCCACACAAAGAAUUCCCCUGACACACACGUGGGUUACACCCAACACCACAGUGCCACAUUGGAAGUUCAACUUUAAAAAUCCUAUUUAUAGGUAGCUUAAGAGAAAUAAGGGCUCUCCAGGCACACAAAGCUGGGCAGUUUUGGACAAUUUCUGAGCAGCAUCAGCUCAGUUUCUGAUCACUGCAAUGAUCACACACUGCAAUGUCCUCCCCAACUCACAGUGCACAAACCUGGUUCUGCCCUUUCCUAACUCCUGAGUGCUUGACUUUGUACAGCCUUAAUAAAGGUCUUUUAAAAGUAGCUCUCUGUGGGUAAUUGUGUGUGGGACAUUUGCCAACCUAAACAUGAGGGAGUUCAAGAGGCUUUUCUAAUCUUGUGAGUUUAUCCACCAAAGAAAAAGAUUUGAUUAAAAAAAUGAAGUACAGCUGAACUGGGAACAAUACUUUACUACGGGCUGUUCCUCAUAGGCACUUCGAAAUCUUGAAAAAAACCCCCACGAAAUUAGGAACUUAUUAAAUCAGAAAGAAACGUACCAAUGAAGAAACAUAAACAGAAAUGCCAGAUGUAUAAUGUCAACUUGUAAUGCACAGCUUCAAUUAAUUCUUCUUAAUUCAUUUGUUUUCUUAACUUCUUUUUGUUUUGCUCUCUGGAAAAGGCCAUUUUCUAAUGACAGAUCACAGGAGGAAAGAUCCAAAGUUCAAGUUUACUCCAAGGAAAAGCAGCCUCGUUUCUGUGCCUGCAGACCCCACAUCCCUUUUGUAAUUUUCACUCUUGCAGAGGCUUCAGGACAAACUCAGGCCUGGACUGGGAGGCAAAGAGAUCUACAUGGAAGUUUAGUAAAGAUUUCAAAGUCUUACUUUUUGACUACAAAUGUGAGAUUAGUUCAUGAACAGGAACUGAAGCCACAGGAAAUGGCGGAGGGAAUGACAGGCACAGUCACUCUGCAGGUGUGCAUGGUGCUCAUUGGAGUAUCAUAUGCAAGAUUCCUGGCUGGCUCUCAUUUGUGUUAUUUUAAAAAUAAUCUGCAUUUAUCCAGUAAAAAAAUGCAACCCAUUAAUCAACCAACUUUUACAGUUAAGCAGAUCUGAGCAGUGGAAACACAAUUACUUUGUUCUGUGAAGUGGAUCUUCUUAAGAUCCCAAACACAUAAACUGAAUUUCACUCACCACCUGCCACUUCUCCACUUCCUCACUCGAGGAUCUGGGCCAUGGAUGCUCCCCCACUCCCCAGCCAUGGCACAGUGGCUCCCCAGGCCCUGUGCAGCACCAGUGCAGCACCAGUGCAGCUGUGACCCAGCCACUACAAACAGGAGCUUCAGAGUGUUAUUUUACAGGGGCUUUGGUUUCAAACAGAGGGAUUUUUAGUGGUGCUUUUUUCUUCACUUACUUUAUAUAGAAAACAGAACUCAGGAUGUGAAUUUCAGGACACCACACAGGGCAAGAGAAACAUCAUUUCAAACUUCAGAGCUCUGCAGUGAAGCCACUACUGUGCCUGAAAAUUAAGGACAUUCCACUGAAAAGACAGAAGUGGCAUUUUCUGAAGAAAAGGGAUGAUAGUUUU